GGCGCGGCGCGGGGCUGCAGACGGCGGCGCGGGCAGGGAGCGGGGCCGCCUUUCCGGCCGCGGCGAGGAGCGCAGUUGCGGGGCUUGCGGCAAGAUGCUGAAGGCGGCGGCCCUGGUGUGCGUGUACGCGGCAGCCUGGUGCAGCCCGGCGCUGGCGGCGGCGGCCGGGGGCAGAGCGGACAACGGCAAUUUUCUGGACGAUAAACAAUGGCUCACCACCAUCUCCCAGUACGACAAGGAGGUCGGGCAGUGGAACAAAUUCCGAGACGAUGAUUAUUUUCGCACAUGGAGUCCGGGUAAACCAUUUGAUCAAGCUUUAGAUCCAGCUAAAGACCCGUGUUUAAAGAUGAAAUGCAGUCGUCAUAAGGUCUGUGUUGCACAGGAUCAACAAACUGCUGUUUGCAUUAGCCACCGAAGGCUUACACACAGUAUGAAAGAGGCUGGUUUAGGCCAUAAACAGUGGAGGGGUGGUCCCAUUUCAUCAAACUGCAAGCAGUGUCCAGUAGUUUAUACCAAUCCUGUUUGUGGAUCAGAUGGUCACACAUAUUCUUCUCAGUGCAAAUUAGAAUACCAAGCUUGUGUCUCAGGAAAACAGAUCUCAGUGAAAUGUGAAGGACGUUGCCCUUGCCCUUCUGACAAAUCCACAAACGCAGGCAGAAGCGAUAGGAGAGUUUGCAGUGACCUGGAAUUUAGGGAGAUCGCAAACAGGUUGAGAGACUGGUUUAAGGCACUUCAUGAAAGCGGAAUUCAGAACAAGAAGACUAGGAUUGUUCAAAGGCCUGAAAGAACCAGAUUUGAUACCAGCAUUUUGCCAAUUUGCAAAGACUCCCUCGGCUGGAUGUUCAACAGGCUUGAUACGAACUACGACCUGUUGUUGGACCAGUCAGAACUUGGAAGCAUUUACCUUGACAAGAAUGAGCCGUGCACAAGGGCGUUCUUCAAUUCCUGUGACACAUACAAGGAUAGUUUGAUAUCUAACAAUGAGUGGUGCUACUGCUUCCAAAGACAGCAAGACCCACCUUGCCAGACGGAACUCAGCAACAUUCAGAAGCAGCAAGGAGGAAAGAAGCUCCUAGGGCAGUACAUACCCUUAUGUGAUGAAGAUGGAUAUUACAAACCAAGUCAGUGCCAUGGAAGUGUAGGGCAGUGUUGGUGCGUUGACAGAUAUGGCAAUGAAGUAACAGGAUCCAGAACAAACGGUGUGGCAGAAUGUGCUAUUGAUUUAGAGACGUCAGGGGAUUUUGCUUCUGGUGAUUUCCAUGACUGGACAGAUGAUGAAGAUGAUGAUGAUGAAAUAAUGAAUGAUGAAGAUGAAAUUGAUGACGAUGAUGAAGAUGAAGGAGAUGAUGAUGUGGAUGACGACGAUGAUCACGAUGGAUAUAUUUGAUGAUAUUAGGAGGGUGGAUGAAUUGUAUCUUUCUAAAAUUCACAGUACGACAUUUCACAAAAUCCCUUUGCUCUUCAAGAUCAAAAGGAUUCUAACAAAUGUGUAUAUUUUGUAUGAUUAUUUCGAACAUUGCAGCUGGAGUCAUAGACUUUUUUGUUUAAAUAAGAGUAAUUAUAUUAUGUGCUUUUGAGUUUUUAAAUGCCUUUGCGCUGAAGAAAACACAUUGGAAGCGUAGCCUGAAGAAGAAAAUGUUAUGUGCUACUGAACAUAUAAAUGAUAUAAUGUAGAAAAUACACUAUUGAGACCAGUUCUUUUAAGACCUCUGUGAAAAGUUAUUUCCCUUCCCUGGACCCUGUGCAUGUCCUCUUCAGGACACUUACUGUAACUUCAGUUCUGUCAGGCACAGCAGGCUUUGCAAGUUGCCUGCUUAAUACAAGAAAAACACGGUGCAGGAGAAAAACUUUGAUGCACAAGUAGCAUCUUACCAGCCUUUAAUUAACCAAAGGUAAGGAGGAAAAUUAACAGGAGGGAAAAAUGAACGAAGUCCUCAUUUGUGUUUGCAUUUGGAGUUGUUUUUUAAUAGGACACGGCUAGGUUCUUGAAGGGAUUUUUCAAAAGCAGUCUCACAGACGAGCACUAAUUCUGUAAAUUAAACAUUUCCUUGACUUUUCUUUUCCUUUUUUUCAUGUUGAGGUUGUCUAGGCUUAAAGGUUAUUUACUCAAACAUUAAUUCACCCUUUGUUGUUUUUCAGUAUGUCUCUCUAAUCAGAUUACCGUAAAAUAGUUAACAUGGGGAAAAAAUUGAGUAAAAUGAUAUUACCUUUAUAUAUGACUGUGUUUCAGAGUAUUGACAGUUGGCCCAGCAUCGUUUUUAAAAAGUGCAUAAUUAUACCUUUUAUUUUCUAAAUUCAGGAAAUAGUUUUGCAUCUUUAUCUUAACUCAUGUUGUUUUCUGUUACUAGUGCAGAAACUUAGCGAAAGUAUUGUAAAGGUGCCUUGCAAAAAUAGAGAUAGAGAGACUUGAGCAUGCAUACCAGUAUAGGUUGUUAGGCAAUAGCUGAGCACACCCAAUUACCAAAUUAAUGCCAGUAUAGGUUACUGCUGCUGGAAUGAAGAAAACAGAUUAUUUUUUUUCCUACUGUUAUGUAACUACCAUGUGGAUUAGAUCAUAAUUAUUGUGUAGAGUAGCACUUAAGAUUUGACUGUAGAGAAAAUUUCUUUAAUCACUGUAUUUAUGUUAGCAUGUUAAUUAAUUGUGUAGAAACUUUGGGACUCCGCCAUCUUCAUAUCACAUCUAUUGCUUUCUGCCCACAAUAAAGUUGACUUGACCUGUAUAAUGUAAUACUACAGGUUGUAUGAUUUCAAAACUGGAUUACUGGUUUCCCAUCAGUAAUUAAAAGGAAAAUCAGUUUAUUAUUUGAAUUAAUUUUUACACAUUAAAUACAAAAUUUAAUGUUUAUCCUAUGUGAUAUUGAAAAGUAUACUGCAUUUUAUUUUUUACUGUUUCUGUAUAGUUUGCAAAAUAAAGACUCUUGUAACCAACUUUUUUGCCAACACAGCCCAUCAUUUUGAAUUUUUGCAUAGUUUGAAAUUAUGAAACAGAAAAAUUCAUGUUUCAGAUACAUUUCAUCUAUAAAAACAUGUAUUUAUUUAUAUUAAAAAGCAUUUUUUUAUUAUUUUAUUUCCAGUAAAUAAUUUUGGAUUGAGGCAAAACCCAUUAUGGACUUCUAUUUUUCUGUAUUUUUUUUUUCUGAAUUUUCUAUAGAUUUGUUAUAUACUUCUGUGGCAUUGUCUUCAUUAUAUAAUUAAGAGAGACGUACUUUUGUUUAAACUCAGUCAUAAUUUGUGGGACAUAGGUGUAUUAUUUUCUUAAAAUAAAAAUAGCUAGGGGUUUGCCAGUCAAAUACAAUGGGAUUUUAUCAGAGAACAGUUUCUUAUGGAUGAAAUUAACUGAUAUAUAAAUUGAUUUUAAAUAAAGAAGCUGAAGAUAAGUUGUUGUCA